AUGCUGGAAACCUUGUUGUUCUCCUCCUUCCCAGGACCGCAGGAGGGCUUGUACCCUGAAGGUUGGCACUGGAGGCGGCCCCACGGGAAGACUUGCCCGGGUCUGCGGGGGUCCCCUUUCAUCUGUCCGAGGAGAGCCCCUUCCCUGCCGCUUUUCUCUGUGGUUCUUUGGGGUGCCCUCCUGUGGGCUGGCUCCCUCCCCAGUCGGGCCUGGGGGGUGGGGACGUUUACCCUGGGGGUGCUGGGUCCCUGGGACUGUGACCCCAUCUUUGCCCAGGCUCUCCCAAGAGUGGCCGCCCAGCUGGCUAUGGACCGAGCCAACCAGGACUCCUCACUGAUGCUGGGCUCGCGGCUGGCUUCCGUGGUCCUGCCCACGGGCUGUGACACGCCUCGCGCCCUGGCCACGUUUCUGGUCCACCAGAACACCGUAGCUGCUUUCGUGGGUCCUGUCAACCCUGGUUACUGCCCAGCGGCAGCCCUGCUGGCCCAAGGCUGGGGCAAGACCCUCUUCUCCUGGGCAUGCGAGGCCCCUUUGGGAGGAGGUGAGCUGGUGCCCACGUUGCCUUCGGCCGCCCACGUGCUGCUGUCCGUCAUGAAAUACUUCGGCUGGGCUCGUGUGGCCAUCGUGUCCUCCCACCAGGACAUCUGGGUGGCUACAGCCCGGCAGGUGGCCGUGACUCUCAGGACACACGGGUUGCCUGUGGUGCUGGUGGCUGCUCUGGGACCCGGGGAGCAGGGGGCCACAGAGAUACUGAAGCAGCUGCGCGGCGUGGACGGCCUGAAGGUCGUGGUGCUGUGCAUGCACUCCGCGCUCCUGGGAGGCUCUGAGCAGAUGGCCCUUCUGAGACAAGCGUGGGCCCAGGGCCUGGCAGAUGGGAGGCUGGUCUUCCUGCCCUACGACACCAUGCUCUUCGCCUUGCCCUACCGGAACCGCUCCUACCCAGCCCUGGGCCUCGGUGGGCCCCUUCGGGAGGUCUAUGAUGCCGUGCUCAGCGUCACCCUGGAGUCUGGCCCCGUGGACGAGGCCAUCAAAGCUGCCGGGGCCAGUGAAGAGGGAGCCGCCCACCUGGAGCCAGAGCAGUCUGCCCUCUCCUCCCCUCCAGGUACGCAGCCCCCGGGCAGCUUCCUCGCUCUGGCCCUGGCCUGUGUCGUGGUGCUAGCGGGUGGGGCCCUCACUUGCCUCAUCAGACUGGGCGUCCGGCAGCUGCAGCUGGUGCGGGGGCCUCACGGGAUCCUGCUGACAGCCCGGGAGCUGGCCUUCAUCCAUCCACCUCUAAGCAGUCAGAGGCUGCAUACGGACAGGGAUAGUGCGAGUGAAUCAAGAAGUGCGGCAGAUGGUGGGAGCCUGAGGUCGGUGGCCCAGGGGUCAGCCAGGAGCCCCCAGGAGCCUACCAACGUGGCCCUGUACCAGGGGGAGUGGGUGCGGCUGAAGACGUUUGAAGCUGGCAUGGCUCCGGAGCUGCGGCCCAGCUGCCUCCGCCUCCUGAGAAAGAUGCGAGAGCUGCGGCAUGAGAACGUUGCCACCUGCCUGGGGUUCUUCUUGGCCCCUGGGGUGAGUGCCCUGGUGCUGGAGCACUGUGCCCGGGGCAGCCUGGAGGACCUGCUGCGGAAUGAGGCUCUGCGGCUGGACUGGACCUUCCAGGCCUCCCUGCUGCUGGAUUUGAUUCGUGGCGUGCGGUAUCUGCACCAUCAGCAUUUCCCCCACGGCCGCCUCAAGUCCCGAAACUGCGUGGUGGACGAGCGCUUUGUGCUGAAGGUCACUGACCACGGCUACGCAGGGCUCCUGGACGCUCGGCGGGCUCCCCGCCCGCGCCCCGCCCCGGAAGACCUGCUGUGGACAGCUCCGGAGCUGCUGCGGGGGCCCCGGGGGCCCGGGCGGGGCACCCUCCGAGGAGACGUCUUUAGCGUUGGCAUCAUCCUGCAGGAGGUUCUGACUCGAGGCCCACCCUACGGCUCCUCGGGGCUCUCGGCGGAAGAAAUCAUCAGAAAGGUGGCAUCACCCCCUCCCCUGUGCCGGCCGCUGGUGUCCCCUGACCACGGGCCGCCCGAGUGCAUCCAACUGAUGGAGCAGUGCUGGGAAGAGGCUCCGGAGGACAGACCCAGCCUGGACCAGAUCUACACCCAGUUCAAAAGCAUCAACCACGGCAAGAAGACCAGCGUUGCCGACUCCAUGCUGCGGAGGUUGGAGAAGUAUUCCCAGAACCUUGAGGGCCUGAUCCAGGCGCGGACUGAGGAGCUGGAGCUGGAGAGGCAGAAGACGGAACGGCUGCUCUCUCAGAUGCUCCCGCCUUCUGUGGCCGAAGCUCUGAAAACUGGGGCGACUGUGGAGCCGGAGUACUUUGACCAUGUUACCAUAUACUUCAGUGACAUCGUGGGUUUCACCACCAUCUCAGCCCUGAGUGAGCCCAUGGAGGUGGUGGGCCUGCUCAAUGACCUCUACACGCUGUUCGAUGCCGUUCUGGGCAACCAUGACGUGUACAAGGUAGAGACCAUCGGGGACGCCUACAUGGUAGCAUCGGGGCUACCCCGGCGCAACGGGAGCCGGCACGCGGCCGAGAUUGCCAACAUGGCCCUGGACAUCCUCAGCUCCGUGGGCGACUUCCGGAUGAGGCACGCGCCCGAUGUGCCCAUUUGCAUCAGGGCUGGCCUGCACUCAGGGCCCUGCGUGGCGGGGGUCGUGGGUCUCACCAUGCCGCGGUACUGCCUCUUCGGGGACACUGUUAACACUGCAUCUCGGAUGGAGUCCACGGGGCUGCCAUACAGAAUUCACGUCAGCGGAAGCACUGUCCAGACACUGCUCAGCCUGGACGAGGGCUACAAAAUUGACAUCAGAGGCCAGACUGAGCUGAAGGGCAAGGGCGUGGAGGAGACCUAUUGGCUGACGGGGAAGGCAGGCUUCCCCAGACCCCUCCCCACACCUCUGGACAUCAAACCUGAGGAUCCCUGGAAGGACCUCAUAAACCAAGAAAUCAGGGCGGCCUUUGCCAAAGUCCGUCAGUGCUCAGCUGGACCUUCGAGCUCAGGGAAGGCCUAGGCUGGGCCCUGAGGAGAGGGACAGCAUGGGACAGGGGCCUGCACCAGCCUAGACACUCCCAACCCCUCUCUCUGCUCCACUCCCCUCAAAGAAUUCCCUUGCUGAGGCCCCUAGCAGCCAACUGGGUGCUCAUUAGUAAGUGCCCUAGAGCGAUAUUAAUUGAUGUGUUCCAGUGUGAAUCCUACGGGCAAACUGGCCU